AUUAUCUAGUCCCCACGUAUUCCAAGUGUACAUUUUAAAGUUGAUAAAAAGAAGGCAAAUAUAAAUGGAAAUUUUUUAAAUUUUGUUAUGCAGCGUUUUGUUUUUGGCGGAAAGUUGUGGAAGUUUAAUGAAACGUUCGGUUUCAGUUGUUACGAUGAUUAUCCACAUGUGGCACCAUUUCUCGCAGUAGAACAUUUUGCUUCGUUUCCUGUCCAUCCACCAACGUUCAUUUUCUCGAAUGCUGCCGUUUCAAAUAUAUUAUCUAUGGAAGAAAUUAAAAGUGUACUCAUAAGAUUAGAUGAACUAAUUUCAAGUAACAACCUGCACAAUCAUCCCUGUCUAAUUUCUCAAGCAGGUGCACAAGCAACAAUGCGUCUUGCUUCGAAAGAUCAACUGCGUUCAGAUUGGAAUACUUCUGUAGAAAUACCUUUUUGUCUAUACGUAACGCAGAAUGGUGUAUGUCCCCGGCAGUUCGACUACGAAGAUUUGCAUAAACAAUCACAAUGGGUAGCGUUAUUCGAAGAAGUAAUUCUGCCACUUGACAAGAUGCAAGGAAGUAAACUGUCAAAAAUUGCACCACAUCAGCAUAGUUCUGUCGUUAAAAAUGCUAUAAUGAAGUCGAAAAGAGAGAAAAAGACGAGUUGCAAGAAGCACUCAAAAUCAAUUUCUGGCAUAGAUUCGUCUAGUAGUGGAUGCAAUUCGUUGUAACACUAUAUUUUUAAUAUUAUAUAACUAAAUCUAACUUAACUUACAUUUCCCUGUGAUAUAUAUAUUUAUGUUUUGCUCGAUUAAACUAGUUUC